UGCGCGUACGCGUGCAAUCAGUUUUGGCGGCUUGCAGCAGUCGGUCUCAGCUCAGUGCUCGAUUACUCGCUGUCCAUCGGUUCCAUUCAGUUCUACUUAGUCCAUCGGCCAGUUAAGAUAGUUGUGCUGUAUAUAACUUUUCAACAUGUCUCUGGAUCAGCAAUUCAACGAAGCCGCCGAAAAGGUGAAGACCUUCACGAAACGGCCGUCGGACCAGGAGCUCCUGGAGCUGUACGCCCUGUUCAAGCAGGCCUCCGUUGGGGACAACACCACCGAGAAGCCCGGCAUGUUCGACUUGAAGGGUAAGGCCAAGUGGCAGGCGUGGGCGGAUCAGAAGGGCACCAGCCAGGAUGCGGCUAAGGAAGCGUACAUCAAGCUGGUCGAGCAACUGACUGCCAAAUAUUUGUAGAGUUGUGUGUAGUUGAACGUGUGGGAACGUGAGUUGUGGUUUACCAUCUUUCGCUGCUUAUUUAUAGAACUUUAAGUUUUGUUCAGUUAUGUUAAAUUUGAUUCAGCAGGGGCAUUUUUAAUGUGUAAAUUUACUGUGAACUAAUGUGAUGAUA